UUCGGUACCUGAACGACGUUACCGAUCACGCGAUCCAUUCCAGGAACGAUCUAAAACGAUCGACGCCCGGCCUAGGCACGGCGAACGUCGCGUGAAAUGCUGUGCGUGUGACGACCUUUUUCCUUCCAGGAUAUAUCGAGCGGCUAUACGAGGAAACCACGGAGUAAUGAUCAGAGCUACGCGGUCUGGGCUGUUGACCGCGAAUACGAGACAGGCGAGUCGCCCUGGGCACCAGUCCCGGCUCGGCGGUUUCUACCUGACCGGUAAUCUACUGCUGCGAGUUCUGCUCAGCCUUUGCUACAUCACCGGCACCUGUUCCGGCUGGAGGGACAGAAUGCCGCGCGGCACCAAGGAGCUACAGUCAGCGCUCGGCCGACCGUCCCAGCUCGGCUACUGCGAUCUGGAGAAGUCCUGCGAUUGGCUGUGGAAUCAGACGUUGGGAUUGAAGCGUGUCACACCGGCGCGUAGUAGAUUCGGCCCGAGAACGGACGCCAGCCACUUGGAGUAUGGUCACUUUUUGUGGUACACCGGCGGUGGUAACCUUCAAAUGUGGUCCACCACGAUUCCACGUACUGGCUCGCGUUGUAUGUUGGAAUUAGCGUUGUAUCAGGUCGAGAUGAGGGACGGUCUUAUCAAUUUGGUCAUAAUCACAAACAACACAAGCUCAAUUGCCGCGGAGAAGCCAGGAAAUAAUCAUGCAAGAUGGGAAAUGACACGGUUCAAUUUAGGCGCAAUCAGUCAGCCGCAUCAACUGUUGCUGGAAAUUUCGGUACCUUAUCCGAACUCCAGCAUUGCUGUUGAUAACAUUCGUUUGGUCGACUGUUUCCCUGAAUUAGCACCGGUAGGGACGAGCUGCACGAAAGACAUGUUCCGUUGUAACAAUGGUUCGUGUUUAAACAGAACACGGGUCUGCGAUCUAACAAAAGACUGCGCCAAUGGCGAAGACGAGAGUCUCGACUGCGACAAAAUACCGGAGAACGCCAGAUGUAAUUUCGAACGCGAUUGGUGUGGCUGGAGGAACGUACCUGAGAGACCUUUAAAUUGGACCCUUCAUCGUGGACCGACACCAUCCGACAAGACUGGACCUAGUUACGAUCAUACGUAUCGUAAUGCGUCCGGGACGUACGCCUACGUGGAUGUGUCUAAACAAGUCAAAUUGGGCAGUCGUGGUACCAUUGAGAGUCCUUUAUACAAUCCGACGCCUCCUUACAGUAGCGACGCAAACAGUCGUUAUUAUCGGUCGUGUCAAGUACGAUUCUUUUACCAUCAAUAUGGCACGCACAGUGGUUCCCUUGCACUUUAUUUGGUCCAAGUGAAACCGCAUCAGAACCAUUCCGAAACACUUUGGUGGUCCUACGGUGACAGGGGAGAUGUUUGGUACAAUAACGCCAUCGCUUUACCCGAGAUAAAAUACAGAUAUUUCCUGCAAUUCGAAGUGAGCAGAGGCUUGUCAUCAACGGGUGACGUAGCAAUCGACGAUUUUUCUUUAAGUCCAGAAUGUUUUGGCAUUGGAGUUCCUCCGGAAGUCGUCGGAGAUUUCAAUUAUUACAACCCUGUUAUUGACUCGGAAAGAAUUCCUGAUCAACAUGCUGAUUUUAUAAACGAAACUGUUAUUCGAAUCACAACUUGCGGAGCGACAGGCAGAACUGGUCCCACGGUUGAACAAUGCGCCGCGGAAUAUAAUAGGACAGACAUAGAGUUAAUUGUACCACCAGCACCGCUGCAAGAUGCUUCCUUCUAUUUAAAUGGUGUUCAACGAUGGACGGCGCCACGAGGCGGAUAUUACACUUUGAUCGGAGUGGGCGCAAGUGGAGGAAAAGGAUCCAGUGGAAUGGGUAGCACACUGGGUGCCCUUGUUCGUGGUGUAAUCGAACUUGAAAAGGGCGAACAAUUGUAUUUCAUGGUGGGACAGCCGGGAACAGACGCUUGUCCUAAAAACUUGGGUCUGAGAACAGAUAGGUGUCAAAGUGUUGGUCAAACGACUGGAUCAGGCCUUUCGGGAAUAACUUCCAUAGUGCGUGAAGUGAAGAAGAUGAAGAUUAGAGAUGGCGGAGGGGGUGGUGGUGGAGCAACGUAUAUCUUCAAGCUAAAAACCAGUGGAGAACAAUACCCGAUUCUUAUUGCUGGUGGUGGAGGCGGUAUCGGGUUGGGACAAUUUGUCGAUAAUGGCCUUCAGCAUGGUCGAGGACCUGCGCCCUUUGGCAAACAACCGAUUCCCAGUCCAGUUCUCUCACCGGAAGUCGGCGGCCCAGGAGCUGGGUGGAAUGGAUCGUGGAGUGGCGACUGGGUUCAACGUACCUCGGCUGGCACAGCUCUGGCUCGGGGUGGCGUCGGAGGGAUUGGUUGCGGUCCUGGGAAUCACAGCCACGGCAACGGAGGAUUCGGUGGCGGAGGCGGUGGAUGUUUAACGGGAGGCGGUGGUGGUGGUUACAUAGGUGGCGACACGGGCCAUAAGGAAUCCGGAAAUGGCGAAGGUGGUUACUCGUACGCGAGUCGCGAGCUUAUGCACGUUCACUUCCGGCCAGCAGUAAACCACGAACCCGGCGAAGUCUACAUUAUUCCCGCUAUCAGCGGCUGCGGCUGUGAUUUCCGUUGUGUCGCUCUCGAUCAGUAUCUCAGCGAGACAAAGUGUCUCUGUCCACCUGGAUGGUUACUGAGCAACGACUCGAGAUCCUGUGUCAUGGCGGAUGAUUCGAAGGUUACGCAUCAGACGUUCAUGAUUCUGUUGAUAACUGUGAGCAUCGUCCUGCUGUUGGCUUUCACCGCCCUCUGUCUGCUGUUUUACAAUCGUUACCAGAGUCGAAAGGAGCUUCUACGUCGGCGACAAGUUAUGUUCGGGAAUGGUACCGAGUUGACGUCGCUGCGCGCCGUCACUGACACCAUGAUGACCGAGUUCAAUCCGAAUUACGAAUUCGCCGGGAAUCUCUAUAGCUUUAAGGACCUACCGCAGAUACCCCGCGAAUAUAUUACCUUAGUAAAACCUCUGGGCCAAGGAGCUUUCGGCCAAGUGUUCCAAGGAGUUUACAAAUACAGACGGAACGAGGAACACCCUGUCGCUGUAAAGACGAUACCAUCUUCUUCGAGGCCUCAAACAGAGGCCGAUUUCAUGAUGGAAGCUCUAAUUAUGAGCAAAUUCAAUCAUCCGAAUAUCGUUCACUUCAUCGGCGUCUCCUUCGAUCAGAACCCGAAAUAUAUUAUUUUGGAGCUGCUUGCCGGUGGGAACCUGAAAAAUUUCCUCCGCGAGGAAAGACCACGCGCGGAUCGGUCUACGUCGUUGACGAUGCUGGAUCUGAUAAUGUGCGGCUUCGACGUCGCGAACGGUUGCAAAUACAUGGAGGACGCACGUUUCAUUCAUCGCGACAUCGCCGCGCGUAACUGUUUGCUCACGUGCAAGGGGCCUGGCAGGGUUGUGAAAAUCGCGGAUUUCGGGAUGGCCAAGGAUAUUUACAGAAGCGAUUAUUACAGGAAAGGGGGCAAGGCAAUGCUGCCUAUAAAAUGGAUGCCGCCGGAAAGUUUCUUGGACGGAAUAUUCACGACGAAGACCGAUGUUUGGGCGUUUGGCGUUUUAUUGUGGGAAAUCAUGUCUUUCGGCUACAUACCGUACACAGGGUGUACCAAUAGAGAAACCAUGGCGAUGGUAACAUCGGGUGGUCGAUUGGAAAAGCCAGCUGGAUGUCCCGAUCCUAUUUACGGGAUAAUGACGCGAUGUUGGCAUCCACGACCCGACGAUAGGCCUAGCUUCGCGACCAUUGUCGAGAGAAUUGGUUACUGUUUACAGGAUCCCGACGUGAUAAAUCAUCCAACGCCUAAUUUUGAUAUUUUGCCAAUUUGCGAUCGCGAGACAACGAUCAUGAGACCGGACCCGGAAGCAGAGUGUAUCAAUGUACAAUCUGAAUUGGACGCAUGCGGCUACAUGCAGCCUCGAAUCAUUGAUCCUCGAUCAGCGAGCCAGCGUAUGGCUCAAGCAACCGCUGUUAACGUUUCGUUCAAUCUUAGAAAUGAACAUUCGAACGAAAGAGCAUUUAUACCACCGACGGAUCUUCAAGGACGAGUUCUUUCCAAUCCAUACGGCUCCAGUACAGGUGUAUCUGACCAAACAUACGGCAAGAACAUGAGUCGUGAUAAUUUCGAUGAGAACGAUGAUACAGAGAGCAAACACAAGGCUGACAGCGGGAAUAAUCGUGACGAGAAAAGUGUACAUCGAACUUCAACGGACAUCGAAAAUAACGGUAAGUUAGGAUACACGGAUAAUGGCAACGAUCGUCCAAUGGAGACCGAAAGCCAUCAAAGCAGCACGAUCGACAUCACCGAGGCGGACAGACGAAACGGCAAUGAGAGCCAAACCACAACCGACACGAAUUCCGAUUCGUUGAUCGUCGCCUCGUCGGACACGCUGCCCGACACGACGAACACGUCGCCUAACACACGUACCUGUUCCCCGAGCCACGUCGGCCUAAACACAACCCCGACGAACGUGAACGGGAUGCUGAAGAAAAACGCCCUGAAGGCUGCCCUCAGUCUUGACCCGAGCACAUUGUGUCGCGGCACGAUACCGUACGAGAAGAUCGCGUUCACACCACCACCGCAACGAUCAAGCACACCUGGAAGUAUAGAGAUCAAAAAGGAUCCUCUGGUCCGUCAGCUACCUAGAGAAGAGGAAUGCUCCUGCUGA